AUGCAGGGAGCCUGGAUACUGCUGCUGCUGCUGCUGCUGCUGCUGGGCCUCAGGCUCCAGCUGUCCUUUGGUGUCAUUCCAGUGGAGGAGAACUCGGCCUUCUGAAAUCAAAAGGCGAAGAAGGCCCUGGAUGUUGCAAAAAAGCUGCAGCCCAUUCAGACACCAGCCAGGAACCUCAUCAUCUUCCUGGGAGACAGGUUGGGGGUGCCCACGGUGACAGCCACCAGGAUCCUAAAGGGACAGUUGGAAGGCCAUCUAGGACUGGAGACACCCCUAGCCAUGGACCACUUCCCAUACAUGGCUCUGUCCAAGACAUACAGUGUAGACAGACAGGUCCCAGACAGUGCAGGCACAGCAACCGCCUAUCUCUGUGGGAUCAAGACCAACUACAAGACCAUCGGCCUGAGUGCAGCUGCUCGAUUCGACCAGUGCAAUGAGGUCUUCUCAGUGAUGCACCGUGCAAAAAGAGAAGGCAAGUCUGUGGGAGUGGUGACCGCCACGUCGGUGCAGCACGCCUCUCUGGCCGGCACCUGCGUGCACACUGUGAACCAUGGUUGGUACUCGGAUGCACAAAUGCCUGCCUCAGCGCUGCAGGAUGGCUGCAAAGACAUCUCUACUCAGCUCAUCUCCAACAUGGACAUUGAUGUGAUCCUUGGUGGGGGCUGCAAGUUCAUGUUUCCUAAGGGGACACCAGACCCUGAGUACUCAGGCAACAGCACUCAGUUCAGAAGCAGGAUGGAUGGACAGAAUCUGGUACAGAAGUGGCUGGCAAAACACCAGGCUGGCUUUGUCCCUGCAGGGGCCCAAUAUGUUUGGAACCAUAAGGAGCUCAUUCAGGCAUCACAGGACUCAGCAGUGACUCACCUCAUAGGCCUCUGUGAACCUAACGACAUGAAAUAUGACAUUCACCAAGACCCUGCUCAAGACCCUUCCCUGGCCGAGAUGACGGAGGUAGUUGUGUGCAUGCUGCGCAGGAACCCCAAAGGCUUCUAUCUCUUUGUGGAAGGGGGCCUCAUCGACCAUAGCCACCAUGAUUCCAUAGCCUAUUGUGCCCUGACUGAGGCUGUCAUGUUCGACUCGGCCGUUGACAAGGCAGACAAGCUCACCAGUGAGCAGGACACGAUGAUCCUUGUCACUGCCAACCACUCUCACGUCUUCUCUUUUGGUGGCUAUGUGCCUCGAGGGAACUCUGUCUUUGGACUGGGGGCCCCCUUCAAUGCUCUGGAUGGCAGAUCUUUUACCUCAAUCCUAUAUGGCAAUGGUCCCGGCUAUAAACUUCAGAAAGGUACCCGGCCAGAUGUCACUGACAAAGAGAGUCGUGACCCCAAGUACCGGCAGCAGGCGGCUGUACCCCUGUCAUCAGAAACCCACAGCGGGGAGGACGUGGCAAUAUUCGUGCGUGGCCCGCAGGCGCACCUGGUGCACGGAGUUCAGGAGCAGAACAACAUCUCGCACGUCAUGGCCUUCGCAGCCUGCUUGGAGCCCUACACUGACUGCGGCCUGGUGCACCCUGCUGGCUGGAGCAGUGCGGUGAGCCGGGGCCACACCUCCACCUUGCUAUUCCUGCGGGCUGGGACAAUGUUGAUAUUGAUGGUGGCAGCUGAACCCUGA